CCCCGUUUUAAGAAAUAACGAUUGACAAAAUGUUUCCGGCUUACGAUUAUCUAUCGGCUUACGACAGACACAAGAAAUUGAUCAACGAUUAUUUUGAGCUCAGGGGAGGCUCGGCGCUUUCUUUACAGCGAGACACGUCUCGGGACAAAACGGACUACGAUGUUAUCAGAGAAAAUCACAAAUUUCUUUGGGACGAAGAGACCGAUACAACCGAUACGUGGGCCACCCGUCUCGCUAAGAAAUACUAUGACAAAUUGUUCAAGGAAUAUUGCAUCUGUGACUUGACUUACUACAAACACAAUAAGGUUGCUCUUAGAUGGAGAACCGAAAAAGAAGUUGUGGUUGGAAAAGGUCAAUUUGAAUGCGGAAGUAAAAAAUGUGGGGUAAAAGAGAGCCUUAGAACAUGGGAAGUUAAUUUUGGAUAUGAAGAACACGGGGAGAAAAAGAAUGCUCUUGUGAAAUUGAGACUUUGCCCAGAAUGCUCGCUGAAGCUCAAUUACAAAUCCCAAAAAAGAGAGAUUAAACGUAAAAAACACUUAAAGCGGUUACAGACAGAUUUAGCCGAUGACAUUGGAAAAGCGUCAAGCUCGACAGAAGUUUCCAGAGCAGAUGUAAAAAUCGAAUUGGAAAGCGAAGCAGAAAGUACAACAGAACCUGAAAAAUUGAAAGUGGCAGAAUCAGAUUUUUGGAAAUCUAAACCCAGAGAGGGUGAAGAAAAAUCAAGAGACGAUGAAUUUGAAGAAUAUCUUGCUGACUUACUUCUGUAAGGAACCUCAUGGUGACAAUAAAACUAUGAACUAAAUGACAA